AUGCAGUUAAGUCCAUCUAAAGGCGAGAUCACGGAGCUGACAGCAAAUGUUACGUUGUUCAUGCAGAAAAUACCUCGCCUGCAGGUGCACUGGGAGGACAACCUGCCCAACGGCACCACAUACAAUGUGCUGGUGAGCGCUGUGAAUAGCACUCGCUGCCCGGAUGCGCCCUGCAGCGAGUACACCAUCAAACAGAAGCCCAGCAAGCACAUAUAUCUGCCGCAGAGUCCCAAUCCGAAUGUCGAGUCAGCCGACUGCAACUACAUGUUUGGCUGUCAAUACAAUGUUACCGUGGAAACGUCAAAUCUCCUCGUGCGUCGCUCUAUGCGCGUUUUCGUUCCACAUUGUGUUGCCGGCAAGUGCUCCUGUCAGCUAUCACCGACACCGCCCAAAGUGCUGGCCGUGGCCAAGAUGCAGGCGAACGAUACCAUUGGCAUCAGCUUCACCAUACUAGCCAGCGAGCAGCUGCGCAAGGAGCAGGAGCAUCAUCUGCAUAAGGCCCUCCAGUCAUACAGAAUGCAAUUAAAAAUCAACGAGGAGAGCAAUCCCUCGCUGCCUUGGGGCGGUGUUCUGAAGAAUCUAUUCAGUCGGAUUUAUAAUCUCAGCGAAUUGCACUUUCGGCCCACAGCCAAGGGCUUUGAUGGCAACAUGAAGCUCAACUUGGGCACACAACUGAAGGAGAAGUCCUCCCUCAAUCUGCAGGCGAUGAUAAUUGACCCCACCGGCUGUGAGGGGCCGCGCAGCGUUACCAAAGUGCCAGUUCCCGCCAGUCCCCUGUUGCUGAACAACAAUGUCAAUUUGAAUAAUUCGCUCAUUGUCAUGACCACAUUACUCAUAGCCGUCAUAUUAGCUGGCUUAUUGACAAUCCUGUUGCGUCGUCGUCGCCGGGCCCGGGCCAAGGAGCAACAGCAGAAGAAUCAAAUUUACAUGCAAUCCUUUGCGGCAGCACCCGUCGCAAUGGAGGACAACAUCAACUACGUGGACAAAUAUGUCGAGUUUCUGCGGGGCACAACGAUUGUCGCCGUGAAACAGCUGAAGGCCAAUCCGUCGGCGGAUGAGGUAGCCGAGUUUCUCUCGGAAAUUGAAAUGCUGAAGGGCGUCGGCACGCACCACAAUGUGGUCUGCUUUCUGGGCUGUUGCACUAUUCGAGCACCCUAUCUGAUGAUCAUGGAGUAUGUGGGACGGGGCAAUCUGCUGAGUUACUUGCGUAUGGUGCGUCAGGAAUUGGGAGAGCCAAAGGCACGGAAUGCCAACCACCCGACUGGCAGACUGCUGACGGCCAACUCCAGAAGUGCAUCUUUACCACGACCGCAGAGUGUUAAUUACAUUGAAUUGAAGGCCUCCAAUCAGAGCAAUGAAUUGGAGUCGUCCGCCUCCACGAACAACUCAAGCUCGCAGCAUGCCACAUCGAAUGGUGUCGGCGCCAGAUUGCAGAAGCCCUCGUUUGCUGAAACUACUUAUACCAUUGUGGACGAUGAGGAAUCAUUUGAGUACAUACUUGACAACAAGGAGCUGCACAAUUUCGCGCUGCAGAUUGCAAAUGGCAUGCGCUUUCUAGAGGAGCAAGAGAUUACACAUCGGUAAGUAUUAUUAUUACCAAACCAAAAUGAAAA